CUUUGAAAGUGGCUUUCAAAUCGUGACCGAUUCUCGACGCUCAGGAUGAGAGCCUUGUUGUUUUUAGGAUUUUUCUGUUUUAUCUUCGUAUGUGAUGUUUUAUCUGACAGUGCUGAAUCUCUAGAAAAAGGAUGGGGAACGGAAGUAAAAUGGGUUAAACUUGAAAAAGCAAGAAAGACAGCAAUAAAAAGCGGCAAACCUGUUUUCGUAAUGAUAACAAAAAGUUGGUGUGGAGCUUGUAAAGCCCUGAGACCCAAAUUCGUUGUAUCCAAGAGCAUCACUCAGCUUAGCAAGAAGUUUUUGAUGGUUCAUUUGGAGGAUGAUGAUGAACCCGAGGGAGAUGAGUUCAGAGUUGAUGGACGGUAUAUUCCAAGAAUAUAUUUCCUUGGCACUGAUGGAAAAGUCAUGAAAGAUGUUUUCAACUCAAAAGGAGCUUAUGCCAAGAACAGCAAAUAUUACUAUGGAAAAAUCUCUCAAAUUGUCGACAGCAUGAAAACUGUCCUCAAGAAAUUCAACAUUCCGUUUGAUGACGUCGAAGAAGAUGAAGAUACAACUAAUAAAUUAGCAAGAGGUUUUGGAGAUAAUAUCAACUGGGUGUCUUAUAAACAAGGACUAGAGGAGGCCAAAGAGAGCAACAAGAAACUUAUGCUCAUUAUCCACAAGAGUUGGUGCGGUGCAUGUAAAGCUCUCAAGCCAAAACUAGCUGAGUCAGAAAAGUUCGCUGAUCUGAGCAAGAAGUUUGUGUUGGUGAAUGUAGAAGAUGAUGAAGAGCCAUCUGGUAGUCAAUUCGUGGUUGAUGGAGAAUACGUACCAAGGAUUUUCUUUAUGGAUCCUGAAGGCAGAGUUAUUGAAUCAAUUUGGAACGAAGGCACCAAGUAUCCUCAUACGAAGUACUACUACUCCACCGCCGAGCAACUUGUUAGAUCCAUGGAAAGGGCUUUAGGGGAAGAAGAAAAGAAAAUUGAACAAAAAGAAGAGACAAAAUCAGAAGACAAGAAAGAAGAAAAGAAACCAUGGUGGAUGCCUAAAGAAGAAACCGAAGUACAAGACUUAUCAAACGGUUUUGGAAACCACAUCCAAUGGCACACGUAUGAAGAAGGUCUCAAACUGGCCAAAAAAGACAAUAAGGUGAUGGUUCUUCUCAUACACAAGUCAGCAUGUUCCUCUUGUCAAAACUUGAAGUCUCGUUUCGCAAGUAACAAAGACUUGGGCGAGAUGAGCAAGAAGUUUGUGAUGGUUAAUUUGAAGGGUGGUACUGAACCUGAGGGCAAGGAGUUCAGUCCUGAUGGGGCCUACGUACCAAGAAUUCUUUUCCUUGAUCCACAAGGCAAAGUCAUGAAGGACAUUUGGAACGAAGAAACAAACUAUAAUCACGUAAAGUACUAUUACCAAGAUGGAGAUGAAUUGAUGAUCGCCAUGGAAAGAGUCUUGAAGAAGUUCAGGAAACCUGCAAAGGACUAUGGAUUUGGCACUGCCUACGACUGGGUGCACAUUGAUCAUGCUUUUGAAGUAGCAGCAGACCAGGAGGCUCUCAUCGUGUUAGUCUUACAUAAAUCUUGGUGCUCUGCUUGCAAAGCAUUCAAAAAAAAGUUUGCAAAGUCAGAGUUGCUUGUCCAACACAGCGAAAAUUUCGUAAUGGUCAACGUCCAGGACGAUGAUUCUAAAUUAGACAAAGAGUUCGACGUUGAUGGUGCAUACGUACCAAGAAUUCAUUUCAUUGAUCCUUAUACAAAGAAAGUAUUGAAAGACAUUUAUAAUGAAGAUCCAUCCUACGAUGAAUAUAAAUACGCUUAUGGAGAGGUCAAACAACUUGUUGCGGCAAUGAGAAAAGCAUCCAAGAUUGAGGUGAAAAAGCCAGCCGCAACCGAUAGAGGAUUUGGCUCACAUAUCACAUGGGUGCCGAUGAAAGAUGCCCUAGCUAAAGCCAAAGAAACGACGAAACCAAUUAUACUCAUUCUGCACAACUCUUGGUGCCAACACAGUCAAGCUCUCAAGGCCAAAGUUGCUAAGUCUAAGCAGAUUGGUGAAUUAAGCAAGGACUUUAUUAUGGUCAAUCUUCAGGAUGACGAGAUCCCAAAAAAUAAAUAUGACAUUGACGGUACAUAUGUCCCAAGAAUUCUGUUUCUUGAUCACAAAGGAGAGGUCCAGAAACACAUCAAAAACAAGAACACUCCUGUCGAUGAUGCUGAGUAUUUUUAUGAAGAUGCUGAUGACAUUAUCAAAGCUAUGAAAAAGAUGUCGCCCAAGCAUGAAUCAGACAGAGGAUUUGGAAAAAAUAUUGAUUGGGUCACCAUGGAUGACGGCCUGGUUGAAGCAAAGAGAAGCAAGAAACCCGUUAUGGUGAUUAUCCACAAGCCAUGGUGCGGAGCAUGCAAAGCUCUCAAGCCACACAUUGCAAAUUCCACCGAGAUACAGAAACUGAGCAAAAAUUUCGUAAUGGUGAAUAUAGAGGAUGACGAAGAACCAAAAGACUCAAUGUUCGACGUAGAUGGGAAAUACUUUCCGCGUGUGUACUUCUUAGAUUCUAAUGGAAAAGUUUUAAAAGAUAUACAUAACACUGAGCUGAGGUUCCUGAAGUUUAAGUAUGCAUAUGGAGAUGCAGAAACGGUUAUUGAAUCGAUGAAGAAAGUUCUAAAUAACAUUGAACCAGAGAAAACUACUGUGUCGUCUUCAUCAGAAUCAUCUACCAAAACAGUUCAAACGGAGUCAAAAACAACUUCAGAACCAGCAUCAAAAUCGUCCGUUGACCAUGGACUUGSAAAUGGCAUCGACUGGGUUUCUUUGGACGAGGGAUACAUAGAGGCAAGAAAAAGCUGGAAGCCAAUGAUGUUGAUUAUUCACAAAAGCUGGUGCAAUGCAUGUCAGGCUUUUAGACCAAAGUUCGCCGCAUCCGAACAAAUCAAGAAACUCAGCAAACAAUUUGUGAUGGUCAACGUCGAAGAUGAUUUUGAUCACACCGAUAAACGUUUUGACAUCGAUGGAUCAUACAUACCAAGAAUCUUUUUCCUGAAUCCUCUUGGUGAAGUAAUGAAGGACAUCUGGCAUACAGAAAGUAUUUACAAAGAGAACAAAUAUUAUUUCUACGACGUUCCGCCAAUUAUCAGCGCCAUGCACAAGGCAAUGGAGAACGUACAAACUAUGAAACAAAUUGACAUCAGAGAUGAACUCUAGUUGGUGGACCUUAUCCUUUGGUUAAUAUGGAGCAGCCUAGUAGAAUUCUUAAAUAGAAGCCAAAAAAAAGUAUUCCAUAUCAAAUAUAAAAAUAAAUCCUAUAGAUUAGUGAUAUUCGAAUAAAACUUGCAGUACGAAAAAUUAUCAAUGUACGUCAAAGUAAUUUAACCCAUUACAAAAAUACGAUUCACGUUAAUAUGAUAAACAAUAGUUAGUAUUAUUUUAGAAGAUCUUUUGGCAUGUAAUAAUAGCUUGAGAAAUUACUAUCUUGUACUUUGCCGUUUUUAGCAAGUUUUUAAA